GUCAAUUUGUAUUGGGUUACUGAUAUUUAGUCAAAGAGGAAACACUAUUUCAAUGUGUACCUUGUAACCUCAAAUGCAUUGUUUUGACAGUUGUAUAAAUUAAGUUCUAUUUAAUGUUAAUUAUCGUUAAAUGAUAGCUAUUGUACAUUAUAAAAAUGAGCGAUUCUGAGGACGAGAACUAUGUUUCUUUUGGAGUUCCUCUUGACCCUCUGGAUGAAGAUAAUUUACCAAGAAAAAAACCUGUCACCAUUGAAGAACAAUGUGCAUAUGAUGCACAAGGCAGGCGUAGAUUUCAUGGAGCCUUUACUGGAGGUUUUUCUGCUGGAUACUUUAACACUGUUGGUACCAGGGAUGGUUGGAGACCACAGCAAUUCAAGUCUUCCAGAAGUAGCAAAGCAGAAAGUAUUACUCAACGACCAGAAGAUUUCAUGGAUGAUGAAGACACAGGAGAAUUUGGAAUUGCACCAAAGGGUAUUUGUGCUACCAGUGAUUAUACCGAUCAUGGGCAUAGAGGUAUUAAACGAGAAAGAGUUAACCGUGAGAGCAGUGGUCCUAUCCCUGGUACCCCAGUAUUGAAGGACCUUUUGAAACCUGUAAAAGAGACAGUUGGAAUUAUGUUACUGAAGAAAAUGGGAUGGAGACCAGGUCAAGGUAUAGGAUCUAGACUGACAAAACAGGAGAAAGCUAAAAUAAAAAGUAGAAAUGCAAAAAUGAAAAUAUUGCAACAAGAAUCUAAGAAGGCAAAUUCAGAAAGUAGUUCAGAGGAGUCAGAAGAUGAUUAUGGAGAUGUUACAUUUGCUCCUGAUGAUUAUGAACCAUUUAGGUGUAAUCCGAAGGAUAAUUACUUUGGCAUAGGAUAUAGUGGCUUAGAUAGAAGAACCAUACUUUCUGGUCAUGUAAAUUUAUUUGACACUCCAGCAUUUAGUGUUCAGGAUAAAAACAAGAAGUUAUCAAUACAUGGUCAAGCAUUUGGAGUUGGUGCAUUUGAGGCUGACGACGAAGAUAUAUACGAGAGGGAGGACAUGUCGCGUUACGAUUUUGCACUCGGUCCAGAACGUAAAACAAAGACGAGAUGGUCUGCCGAAAACAGUUUGAGAAAUUUGAACGAUAAUUGCUUAGAAGGUUUUGCACUGGCAACUGCUAAAUUACAACAUAAGAAAAUUUAUCCACCGCCAGACUUACCCAAGGAUUUCGUACCAGUGCAUGCAGUUAGGAAAAGCCGAUUUUAUCCACCAACCGAUAAUAUUCCUCGAGCAAUGGAAAACGGAAAACGCAAAGAACUUACAGCUGCGGAUAGGGCUAGAAUACUGGAAGACUCUAAUAGUUCUAAAAAACCAUCAGAAUCGUAUCCAAAUUCGGUACCAUCGGUUGCAUCUAAUAUCAUUACUAAAGUGUUGAAUUUGCAUGGGAAACAAGAAACGAAAGAAAGGCAAAAGGAAGAAAGUCAGAGAGCUAAAGCAGCCACGUCAUGGAUGGAUAAACUGAAUGCGCAAAGUUUUGUCAAAGGAGGCACUGUUGGUCUCAGUAAAGAUUCUGAGGGAAGCUUGAAAAAUUUAGAGGAGUUUAAAGAUUCCUUUUCGGCAUCUGAUGAACAAAAAGGUACAAAUAGCAGUAAUUUAAAGGAAGACAAUUCUGCAAACAAGAGCACGGUGAAACCAUUUUUAUCUGAUCCUGAUAAACAGAGACGUUUCGAGCAGUAUUUAGUUUUCUCAAAUAAAGGUGAAAAGAAUAAGCUCGAGAGUAUACAGCCACUAUCAAUGACAGAGUGGGACAGGGAGCACGAACGCGUGGAGUUUGAGCAAGCAGCAAAACUAUUUGUCCAACCAAUAAAUGAUUACGUUACGAACAAAUUUACACAUGCUUCUGAGCAUACGUCUGCAAGUUCAGAUGCUUCUUCUACAAAAUACGAAGAAGAGAACGAGAUGAAGCAGGCUGUAAAGAUGAAAAUGUUUGGUAAGUUAACUAGAGAGCGCAUAGACUGGAAGCCUGCUAGUAUCGUUUGUAAAAGAUUUAAUAUUCCUGAGCCACAAGGUGGCUGUGCUCAACCCGAGCUGCAAAAGAAAACUGCAAAGUUUUCCAUCUUCGAUUCCAUUGACUGGAGUAAUUCUACGAAAUUUUUAAGGGCUAGUGAUACAGUAUCGAAGGAAACUAAACCUGCUGAUACACCAAAAGAAGAAAGUAUCAAUAGUACAAAUUCAGAUAUAAAAUCCAAUAGCAAUAUACCUUUUAGUAGUCAAAUUUUAGAGCCUGUGUCUGAGAAGAUGAAAAAUUUUGAAGCUUCCUAUGAGAAAGUCUUUGGCAAAGAAGUCCAAGAAACAUUUUCUAAAGUCGCCGAAGUUGAAGAAACUACAAGCAAGUUUGACUCAAGUACAACUUCAGAGACUGCAGAGAAGCAAGCCAGAGAUGAUGAAAGUGCUAGUAUAAUAAAAAGUAAAUCUGAAGAAAAGAAAGAUCUUUUUAAAGCAAUUUUCUUAAGUAGUAGUGAAGAGUCUGAGUCAGAGCCUGAAGAAAGCAUGGAUAGCGAGGCAGUGAAGUCAGUUUUAAUCGGUAAAGUUCCAAGCGAGGUGAAUGUAAACAGAAACACUUCUCCACCAAGGGGUAUCUUCGCUAAGGUAGACCUUGAUAGUCUGAUAGCUGAUCCUAGAUCUAGUGCACAAGCAAAUGAAACAAAAGAGAAGGAGACAAUUUUAGUAUCAGAUUCAGAAAGCAAACAAAUUAAUGAUGCUGAUUCAAAUCCUCCGGAUAUUGAACUGUUGCCUGAUAUGUAUGGACCCGCACUUCCUUCAAGAUUGCUGAAGAACGAGCCUCCCACACCAGAGGCAUCCAGUUCACAAACUUUCAAACCUGUGUUUAAAAGCGUUGUAGUAGCAAAACCCAAAACAGACUCUAAGAUAUCCGGCGUGUGGGUAGAGCGAACGAAAGUGAAGAAGUCUAAGAAGGAGAAGAAAAAACAUAAACAUAAAGAGCACAAGAGUUCAAAGCACAAGCGGAAGUCGAAGAAGGAGAAACGCGGUUCGUGAUCGAGGACAUCGGGACUGUAACGAAGGAUCAAACGAAGAAGAUACUGUUAGAGGAAAAAGAUCCAUGAGCGAUGUCCAGCCGGCCGACGCAUGCGACGGUUCAGGAGUUUCUUUAAAAUCAUCUUUUGCUAGCUUAGUACCAUACCUUCCUGAAGAUUGAUCAAACGAAAGGCUAGGCGAUGACGCCGUAAUGUCCCUCAAGUUAUCCUUCUUACCCCCGUGUUCUUUGUAAUCCCUAAAAGAAAUAAAGCAGUUAUUUGUAUUGUUACUUAA